AUGUCGGACAAAGUGAAGAAGCCGACGAGCAGCAAUGGCCUCUUUCGCCCCAUCGCCAUUGCGGCAUCAGGGGUGAUGGGCAUCUUCUUCGGCAUUGCCAUGGAGAAGGCUCGAGUGUUUGAGCCCAUGGUGAUUCGUGAUCAGAUGGUGUUCUCCAGGUUUAUCAUGGUGAAGAUGUUCUUGUCGGCGGUUGUUGCUGGCCAGCUCGGUUUCCUCGCCCUGUCGUUCCUCGCCCCCAAGAAGCUGCACAAGGCCCGCGAAGAAUACGCCUGCUGCGUGUACCGACGUGGUCUGUUCGACACCGCCAUCGGAGCCGCCAUGCUCGGCGCAGGCAUGACCGUUGCCGGCGCGUGCCCAGGGAUGGUGAUCAUUCAGGCCGGCAGUAUGGUCCCCAACGCCGCCUUCACCAUCGGCGGCCUCCUCUUCGGCACCUACAUCUACGCAUCUGUCCAUGACUUUGUCGUGAAGUUUUUCCACCGCCCCGCCCACCAUCCAAGGUCGAAGGUGUUCUUGGACCAAGUGGCCGGUGUGUCUGCGCCCGUGCUGUUUGCCAGCAUGUCCGCUGCCCUCGCCACCAUCAUCCUCGUCCUCGAAUACUUUUUCCCAUGGACCUCCGAGGUGCCGCGGCCCAACCUGCCUGGCACGACCGGCAUGAUGAUGCACGCGUGGUCGCCCGUUGUUGCCGGCGCCAUCGUCGGAUCGCUGCAGAUCCCGGCCGUCGUCUUCAUUGGCGACACGCUCGGCAGCUCCACCUCAUAUGUCACUGUCUGCGCACAGCCAUUCGAGGACGGGUUGACCUCGGGCAUGGUCGGCUAUCUCUCCGCUUACAAGCGCGGCACCAGCAACUGGUGGCAGGUUGUGUACAUUGGCUGCGCCGCCCUCGGCGCCUACAUCUCGUCCUCCAACGGCAUCAUCCCAUACGACGCCACAGAUGUGGCAGUGCAGGGCGUGCCCGCAGUCGCUGCGUUUCUCGGCGGAAUUCUCAUGAUCUUCGGCUCCCGCAUGGCUGGCGGCUGCACCAGCUUCGUCGCCGUCCCAGCAAUGAAUACGCCGUUUUAA